AUCACGAUGGUUGUCUUGGGAGAGCAGGCUCGGACAGGGGUGAGAAAUCUCAGGAUGCCUUACUGCCUACUAAAACUGACCAGGGUGGUGCUGAGCCACAAGCUCAGGACUCUCUUUAUCCUCUCCUUUAAGUUUGUGUCCUUUGCCUCCAUCAUAUUGCACUGGAGAAUCACAGAGGACCCUAAGAACAGAGGCCACGCCUACAGCUUACCUGUUGAAAUCCAUUGUACUCAGACUGUGCCUUCUCCUCCCUGCGCCAUUGCUCGCGGGCCCCUUCCUUCCCCAGGGAAUGUGUUUUUUGUGGAGACCUCAGAGCAAACUAGCCCAAGUUACCUGUUCUUGUGCUCUGUGGAGUCAGCAGCCCGAACACACCCUGGGACAAGGAUAGUGGUGCUCUUGAAAGGUUUAGCAGCGGGGAAUGUCUCAUUACCCAACCACCGGGGCUUCUCAUUGCUGAGCUGCUUCCCCAACAUGGAAAUCCGGCCCCUGGAUUUGCCAGAGCUUUUUCCUCUGGCCAAGUGGUACUUGCAGGCUCAGCGGCGCUGGCAGCCUUAUUUCUUACCUAUCCUGUCCGAUGCCUGCAGAAUUGCCAUCAUGUGGAAAUUUGGUGGCAUCUACUUAGACACAGACUUCAUUGCACUUAAGAACUUAAAGAACCUCACCAAUGUGCUUGGCACCCAGUCCAAAUAGGUACUGAAUGGGGCCUUCCUGUCCUUUAAGCCCAAGCACAAGUUCAUGGAGCUCUGCAUGAAGGACUUUGUGGAGAACUACAACAGCUGGAUCUGGGGGCACCAGGGCCCACAGCUCCUGACACGUGUCUUCAAGAAAUGGUGCUCCAUUAGGAGCCUGCGGAGCACCACAAGCUGCAAAGGAGUGAGUGCUCUGCCCCGUGAAGCCUUUUAUCCCAUUCGCUGGCAGGACUGGAAGAAAUACUUCAAAGAGGUCAGCUCCUCGGAGCUUCAUCACCUCUUUAAUAACACCUAUGCAGUGCAUGUAUGGAACAAGAAGAGCCAAGGAACAAGGCUAGAGGUCACAUCCCAGUCAUUGCUGGCUCAGCUCCAUUUUCACUUCUGCCCUGCCACAUACAGCAUCAUGAAGAAGGGCUCUGAACGGCAGUGA